AUGAUAAAACAAAAUCUAACCGGUAUAAAGCAACAAAAUGUAAAUAUACAAAAAAAAAGUACAAGUCCCGCAAGUAGUACCAAUGACCAUAUUGAAAAUCUAGCUCUUGUAAAAAGUAUAAAUAACAGUCCGUAUAGAGUCAAGGCACAGGGUUUGAUGACCUGGGAUAGCCCAUUAUUAAAAGUUAAAAGGAUCAAGCAUAAGAAAUUCUGGAUUAAUUUUCCACAAGACAAACGUUUUGACAUUUUCAGUAAAUUUUUUAUUCCAAGAUGUAAUUAUGACGCAGCAUGUUUUUUAUUUGAAAGUUUAAGAAAUAAAGUGGAGAUGGAGAAAAAAUUUUCUAAAGAUUAUAAUAUAAUUUUAUUAGGGUUUGAGUGCUACGAGUCAUUCGAUAAUUUGCCAAGUAAAAAGCCAUUGUACGACCUAGAAACAAGUACCGAAGAUAUUGGCGUUUAUUAUAUAACACAAACAAGCCCAUUUACAAUAACUGAAAUUAAUAUUGAUGGUUCAAUUAGCAAGCGUGGGUAUGGUAGUACAGGUUCUAAACAUAAAAUAAAAUAUGCUAAAAAAUUAGUCAUAAAUUGGAUUGAGUUUGACAAAAGUUAUUAUGUGUUUAGAAAAUCAUUGUUCAAUAAAAAAGUAAAAAAAAGUGGCAAUUGUAUAGAGACUUUAGAUGAUUAUUUUCGCUGGUUUUCUUUUCCAAAUAGUGAAAAUUUCUGGAAACUCCGGUAUGAAUAUGAUAUUAAUAAUAAUGCUGGUGACAAUACAGCUAAUUCAAUCAAAGUAUUUAAACUUAAAACAAAAUAUAGUAUGACCAAAUUCGCACAGUGGUGGAAAAGUGGUAAUAAGAUUAAUAAUAUGUUGAGACCAGAUUUACUACCUUAUAAAUAUGUGGUUUUAGAAGCCAAUAAAGAAAAUCCCAAUAAAUAUUCUUCUUUGGGAAGUAUAUUGUCUUCCAAUCCUAAUAGACUGGCCAGUUAUAAUCGCUUUAAUAGAACAGGUAAUGACUUUUUAAAAUUAAGGGAAAAUUCUGAUAAUGUUGCUGACAACGAGUAUAAAAAUAUUACUAAAAAAAUUAUUUCCAACGAAAAUAUUAAUACAAACUUUUUAUUGUCGCAUAAAAUCUCAACAGCCAUAAAUACUAUCAACAGUAGCCAUAAUUGGAAUACUGAAGAAUAUUUCUCGGGAGAAACAAAGAAAAAAGAUGAACGAGAAAAGAAUGAACACCCAAGCCCUAUCAAGGUUAAAAAAGAUUUUUAUAAACAGAACAGCAACAAUAAUGAAGAUGAUAACUGCAGUAAGAAGUUCUCAACAAUUGAGGGUUUAUCUAUAAGAAGCUAUUUAUUGAAGGCAUUUAAUUUACUUGACGAGGAUUAUAUCGGACUCCCUAGGCAUUCCUAA